AUGCAUCCACUCGCUUUCUUCAUCUUAGGAUACUUCAUCCUUUUCAUAACCGCCAAUCUCCAUUCCCUCUACGAUACCUGGACCUCAUCUACGCUCUACUGUGUACGCGAACCAUAUACAAUUACCACACUCUCUUCUUCAUUCCCCAAUCCUAAAUGUUUCCGCACGAGAAUCGAUCAGAUUACUCAGGUACUAGAGGAUGUGCCCAGCGGAGAAUAUGCUGAGAAAAUUACUUGGUUGAAUGGAUUUGUGUUGCCCGGUAUUAUUGAGUCUCAUGGUCAUAUUUUGCAGUAUGGGGAGAUGUUGGAGAGUGUUGGUUUGUAUGAUGCGGUUAGUGUGGAGGAUGUGAGGUGGAGGAUUAAGGAGUGGUUGGGUAGACAUCAGGGGGAGGGAUAUGGGGAGAGGGACAAGUGGAUUAGAGGGGUGGGAUGGGAUCAAGCUCAUUUUGGGGGUGUGAUGCCCACGGCUAAACAACUUUCUGAAGAUCCAGAAUUAAAGGAUCUAUAUAUUAUGCUCGAUAGAGUUGAUAUUCAUUGUGUAUGGACUUCAGAAAAAGUCCUCUCUCUUCUUUCAGAUCCGCUUCCUGAAGCUCCUCCUGGUGGAGAAAUCAUUACCAAUCCUGGACCUGGUGUCUUUUGCGAUAAUGCAAUGGAUAAUUUUAUCUAUCCUCUCGCACCAAAACCGGAUAUACCUCAAAAAGUCGGCUGGCUCAAAACUGCAAUGGGGGAGUUAAAUAAAGUAGGUAUCACGGCCAUGAGUGACGCAGGUAUGCGAAUGGAAGAUGUGAAAAUCUUGCAAGAUUUGGCUAGAAGGGAUGAGCUCAGUGUUAGAAUUCGAGUCAUGGCGGAAUGUGAAGAGAGAAAUGCUUUUUGUCAUCAAGAUUUACGAACUGUGAAAGUUAUGAGGGAUGGUUCUGGUGGAGGUGAUAUGCUGUUGUUUGGAGGAAUCAAACUUUUUGCAGAUGGAGCUUUAGGUUCUUGGGGAGCGGCAUUGUUGGAACCAUACUCGGAUAAACCUGAGACUAGUGGAAUGAUGUUGAUCAAUGAGACUGAAUUAACGGAAGUUGUUAAAAAGCAUCCAGAUGAUCAAAUACGCAUUGCAAAAAUGGGAAUUCUUCCCAGCAUUCAGCCCACACAUGCUACAUCCGACAUGGCAUACGCACUAUCCCGUCUAGGAGAAAAGCGUCUCUCAAACUCCGCCUAUCGCAUGCGUUCAUUCUUCCCCCUUUCCCACAACAACAAUAAUACUUCAUCAUACCCCGGUCCAGUUCUCGGCUCUGAUUUCCCAGUCGAACCUCCAAAUCCCUUUCAUGGUAUCUACGCCGCAGUAACCCGUCUCAAUCCCAAAACUGGUACGUCACCCUCGGGACCAAAAGGUUGGUAUCCGGAUGAAAGUCUCUCGAUUAAACAGGCUAUUCAUGGUUUUACGCGUAAUGCGGCUUGGGGUUGGAAAUUGGAAAAUAAAACUGGGGCGAUAGAGGGAGGGAUGUGGGCGGAUUGGAUUGUGGUUGAUAGGGAUCUGAUGGGUAUGGAUAUGGAUGGGAAUGGGGAUGCGGAGAAGGAGGAGAAGGUGAAUGUGGAGGGAUUGAGGGAUUUAAAGGUACUGGGUACGUGGGUCAAGGGGAAGAAUGUUUGGAUCGGAGAGGAGGGGGUUGUGGAGAUUGAUGGGGUGGAUAGGAAGGGUGGUUGGUUUUGGGGGGGAUUACUAGGGUUGGUGAGGUGGGUGGUUGGUGGCGUGGGGGGAUUGGUGGGUUGGGGUGGGAAGGGGGAUGGGGAUCUUUGA